AUGGCGAUGGAUGGACGUGAUGGUGGCCGCGGUGGCCGUGAAAGCUCUGGCUCUGACGAGGAGGAGCAGAGAGGGGAUGCCCCAGAGCCUGGUGAGCCUGCACCAGAGGCGGGGGCAGAGCAGCAGGAGGAGGCCAGAGAAAUGGUAGAAGAGCCAGACAAGGAAGAUCUGGAGUCCAAGAGGCGAAAGGGCCGGUCAGGGUCAGACUCUGAAGAGAAGAAAGAUGGAGAGGCCUCUGAAGAGAAGAAAGAAGAGGCACGGGCGGCUGAGCCAGCCUCCUGGUGGAAGGAAGAGAAAGUAAAGUGCCCGGCCUGUUGGUCCGUGAAACCGCGGUCCACCAUGGCCUUGCACUUGCAGACCAACGCGUACUGCAAGCAGUGGCAAGCACGCGCUCAGGGUCAGGAGCUGAGGCCGGAGCACUCUUGCCCGCACUGCCAGAAGACCUUCUGGCGCUCCUGGGACCUGGAGCAGCACUUACACCGCUGCUCCAGCCAGCCUCCUGCGGAGCCGAAGGAGCCGCCCCAGCGAGAGAGCAGGGCAAGGGCGGAGGUCAGGGCUUCCAGGGAGGAGAGAAAGGCUCGGACCAGGGCAACAAGUGCCCCUCCUGUCCGUGGUCGCUCGGUCCGUGCCUCACAGAAGAAGAAGGAGUCGAGCUCGUCGUACGAGUACUACACAGACGAGUCCGAGGAGACCAACAAGCAGAGCAUGGUCCGGUUGCAAAGUGCGCCACGUGGCAGGGAAGCGCCACGUGGCAGGGAAGCCCCACGUGGCAGGGAAGCACCGCGUGGCAGGGAGCAAGGGUCACGUGGCAGGGAGCAAGAGUCACGUGGCAGGGACGAGAAGCCUGCAAAGCCUGACAAGGCAACAAGGACAGCGCAGGGCACUGUCACAGAGCCCGAGCCCAGCACAGGUGGGGCCAGAAGCAGCACGGAAGGUGGUGCUGCUGAGCAGACAGAGCAGUCGCAGCGGCUUCAGGCAUUCAACAGGCUCCUGGCCCUGGGCGAGAAGAUUCUGUAG